ACCUUCUAAAACAGGGACAAUUGUACAAUAAUAAGGCCCGGGAAGCAGAUGAAAAAUCUGCCCAAAUGAUUAUUGACUGCAGAAAUGAGACCCAAGAAGAGAUGUCUCUUGACUUGCAUGACUUUGAUGCAAAGGAGGCAAUACGUCUUCUGAAGUUUCAUCUUGCUUCAGUUUCUGGCAUCCCAGUCAUCCGGUACCUGAAAGUUAUUGUGGAGUCUAAUGCUACGGACAUCACCAAAGGGGCUAGAAAACGAUUGGUCAGGAAGCUUUUGGAGAGGCAAUCAAUUAAGUGGACAGAAGAAGGAAAUGGUGAGACAAUAUUGAUCCGAGUGGAUGAAAUUGACCCCAAAAAACUUAGUUUUGCAAGAAAACCACAAUAAAUGAUGAAGCGCAGGUGGUUGUGAGGUCUUACCACCACCUCAUUUUUUGAUGAACUUAAAGAAAAAAAAGUUUUAUUUUUUUGGGUGCGGGACCUGGUUCUCUUUGGACAGAAUUGAUGCGGUGAGGCUGGGAGUGCAGCAGGACAGGUGAUUGAUUCAAGAAUCUGAAGAGUUUUCUUCGGGAUAUGUUUGUGAUUUUGAAGUUUGACUGGAAGGUUUGGCAGGUAUAUAUAGCUGGGUAGUCUUCUUCUGCUC